AUGGAAAGCCCCCUUACUAGCAUUGCAAGCCUCGUGCCUGACAUCAGCGUGAGAAGCUCAAGCCCUGUCUCUAUCAACGAGAAGGGAUUAUCUUCUUGGCCUGUGAAGGAGGAGUCCAUCGUGUCCAAGGACCUUCCUAGCCAGUUUGGCAGUCGUGUUGCUGCGAAUGAGCUGAGUUACACAGGUUUCCAAACUGUGUUGGAUGUAGAUCUGCUGGAUCUCGAUGAUGAUUCUGUUGUUCUCCACCCUAGCAAAGUUAUGGGAUGGGAGACUGUGGGGAAGAAGAAGGGUAGAUGUACCCCUUCCCCAGACCCUGGUUCGAAAAUUACUGGUGAUGUGCUCGGUAAUGGGCAGCACACAAAUGAAACAAGCAUCUAG